AUGACAGCGAGCAACUGUAUUCAGACGAAUGUCAGUUGAACCAAGGAUGGCCAGAGCGCUUUUAUAUGUGAAAUGGUUCGACCGCGAUGUCCGAUCAAACCAUUUGCCUUGUAUGUACGGAAAUUUUGUAUUUUCUUUGCAUCAACGUCUUCUCCAUUAAUUUUGUGAUCUAUAAGGCGAUCUGAAAGCGUUAACGAUUUUAGAUUCUGCAUGCAAUAGGACAGCGAUUCAAGAUCAUCACAGCUAACUAUGCAACCAUUGAAUGACAUCGUUGUAACACCGGCAAAUAGCGAACUUGCUUCAAGACGACUCCUUAUCAUAAUUUCCUCCAUGAGUUCCCUUUGAAAUCGACGUAGUCCACUGAAAUCUGCUUCGACAAGACGAUUCUUCGGGAGCAUUCGAAGAACUUUUGCAACCUCGUCCCUUAUAUGA